UGAGAAAAAUGUUUCCGGUUUUCUUCCUCAUUUUUGUAGCUGGGAGCGGAUGGACGUUCAGAUGUUACUCGUAACUCUGAUUGUAUUCAAAAGACAUUCACUUUAACCCUGAAAUCAUAUUUUACUCGGCCUGCCCGUUCGUCAAAUAGAAACUGCGAUGAACUAUUCUGACGAGGGCUCUGAUGGAUACUCAUCGAGUGAAGAUGCAGAUUAUGUCCCUUCAGAUGUCAGUGAGGAUAUUAUUAAUGUGUAUGAAAAGGAAGACCCUUCAGAUGAAAUUGACCUUGUCCCCCAUCCGAGCAACGUGACCAAAAGGAGUGUCAAGAAAAACAGCAGCACUUUGAGAAAGAGGCCAAAACAAGUGCUGAAAGAAAACGGAGAGGAGAAGAAUGGAGGUAGUACUGAAGAGGCUCAGUCACUCCAGGAAGAUGUGGAAAAACGGACACAAAUACAGAAUGAUGACGAAGCUUUACAAAAGAAACAAUCGGAUGACCUCUGGGCUCGUUUCUUGUCUGAUGUUGCCCCCAGACCUAAAGCAUCAAUGGCAGCUUUACCAUUUCACACCACAAAGGAGGCUCAUUCUUUGGCUUCUAAUGUUAGUUUGAGAACUGAAUCACAGGAAUCAGAUCCAGCCAAAGUCACCAUAGUUAAAGUUUUUGAUUUUGCUGGAGAGGAAAUCAGGGUGAAUAAAGAAGUAUUGGCAGACUCUAAAGAAGGAAAACUACAUCUAAAGAGCCAAUGUAAUAAAGAGAAGAUGCCUGAAAAAAAGCCCACACCACCACACCUGCCCACUUGUACUGGCCCCAGCAGUUCCAAGCGGCCAGCAGGGAUACCUAGUUUAUUGAGUCGUAUUGGGGGAAAGAAACAAAAAAUAAGCACACUGGAGAAGUCAAAGAUGGACUGGGAUGCUUUUAAAUAUGAGGAGGGCAUCACUGAGGAGCUGGCAAUCCACAACAGGGGCAGGGAUGGGUAUGUAGAGCGGAAGAAUUUCUUGGAACGUGUUGAUUCCAGACAGUUUGAGAUGGAGAAAGAAGUGCGUCUAAAAAACAUGAAACAUUCCUCUUGACCAUGGGAUGAGAAUUUCCCCCAUAAAGUGAGCUCCAAUGCCUCUAUUGGUGCAAUAUACUUUAUUGUUCAAAUGUUAGUUGUCUUAGUAUAAAAUAGUGAGAUAAGUCCAUUUUUUUUUUCUGCGUACCCCACAGUCUUAGUGUUUUUGUUUUUGUCUGAGAGCACACUCAAGUCAACCCUUGUGCUAUUUUAGAGCUGUGUUUCAAUGUUGAAUUCAAUUCAAUGUUUCUCAGUGAUUAUUCCUGUCUGGGAUCACGUUGACUAUUUUGUCAAAUCUAAACUUCUACUGUUCCCUCCACCUCCUAAAGUUGUGAAUACAGUAGCAUGUGUCCAAUUUUUAAUAACCCACAAAUCCCAUUUGAGUCCCUAACUAGCCAUAAUCACAGAACAUCAACAUAUUCCUAAAAUCAUAUGCCAUUUUUACUCCACACAGAAUAUAUCCUCCUAACAUACAAAUAUCCUAAAUCAAAUUUGUGUGCGGAAUUACAUUUAUUUGUAUGUCAUUCUCAUCACUGCAUUAUGGUUUGUGGUAAAGUUAGACGUUGUUGAUGUCAAAUUGAAAUGUGAUUUGGAGGUGUGUUGAGAAUAAAAGCCAUUGUCACUUAACUCUUUUGUUCAUGUUAGCUGGCAGAUUGCAUUUGAAAAGUGGCAUUCUCAUCACUUUAAAAUGGAUUAAAAUCUUUUAUUACCAUUUCAAAACA